AGCAUGGAGUCUGGUAGGGAGCCUCCCGCUAACCUCUCAGCUGUUCGGGAUGCCGCAAUUUCACCACGGCAGUCCCGAACAGCUCCUUUGAGCUAACCGGCAGCAUAUUCUCACGUUUUAGAUGUCGCAAUCAACUUUGAUUGCGGCGUCUAAGGGGUAAAUACCGAACGGCGAUGUCCGGUUACUGAUAGCAACUGGGACCCCACAGAUACUAAGCAUGCUUCACGUAAAUAUCUCUGUGGUCGUUAAGGGGUUAAAAGCCUCUGAAUCAUACCAUUCUUGUUCACAUAGUGCAGUCUUUCAGCAGGAGAAAGUGGGCAUCCUCUAGCAGGCAUGACAUCACUGAAGUCUGCUGGGGGACCACUUCCGCCCUCACAUGGUUGUAGUGCUGUGAUGAAUAGAAGACCUCAAGCUGUAUGCAUGUUUCAAUAAGGCUCAGUGCAGAGAAGCACUUCCUGAUUUGGACUCCUGCCAGGCCAAGAGGAGACCAAACUCGCUGUAUUACUUGUGGCAGGGAACAGAACAGAGCCACCUUGUGGCCGUUUUUCUAUUACAUUUUAAACAUAUUUACGUUGAAAAAUUUGAAAGCAAGUAAAUUUGAAAGUGUCUAAUUACAUAAGAGACACUAUAUUAAGUUUUACUUGGUGACUGGUACUCUUUAAAAGCAGAAAAAGGGCAGGUGGGCCAAAUGGUGUCCGACAGUAUCUGACAUGCCAAAUCAUAAAGUCUAUAGACUGGGUCCGAGCAUGUCCAGAACAGCUCACAUCUUAUGGGGUGUUCCUGAUAUAGGAGUUAGUACCUACAAAAGUGUCCAAAAAAGGACUUCAGGGAACUAGGUCAUAGUGUCCCAAGGCUCAUUGAAAUGUGUGGAGUGAAUAGUGCGAUACUACAGUAGAGGAAAUUGCCGAAAAACUUUGAUAGAAAGGAGUCAGGACACUCUGAAUAUUGCAUUCUGUCACUUUAUAGAGGACAUAGCCUAAAGGGGAACGAAUAGCAAUGUCACUGGCACUAACCUGAAUGUGCAGAUGAUGGAACUCUACCUACUGGGUGAACAUCAGUGCAGACGUUCCAGAGAUAUCUUGUUGCUGAUAUGGUAUUUUUAUCCUAACUGCACUGGAGGCGGUGGGUGCCAGCCCCACUAGAAAGAACCGCCUGUCCCUGCGCUCACCACAAACUGAAGAGCAAAAUGUGGAGGAGAAGGCAACACAUCUCAUGGUACCAAUCCUGGCUCUUACAUAGAAGCUGGAUCUGGUGGAGACCAUAACAGGAAAAUGCCGGUGGUUACUCAGUGCGAAAGUCAGACAGUGCUGGCCAAAGCCAGCCCCACCAGAAAGAAUCGCCUGUCCCUGCGCUUCUUCCAGAAGAAGGAGACAAAAAGAGCUUUGGACUUUGUCGAAACACCACAAACUGAAGAGCAAAGUGUGGAGGAGAAGGAGACAGAACCCUGCGAUCAGGUGGUCCCUGCCGCUCAGUUGUCUCCAACAGUCUGCUGCAUGAAGAAGGAAAGCUUGGUUCCCUUUGUAGGCUUCAGCAACCUUGGUAACACCUGCUACCUUAAUAGCAUACUUCAGGUUUUAUGCUACUGUCCUGGGUUUAAAAUCGGCGUGAAACAACUAAGUGAUAUUAUAUCAAAGAAGAAAGGGAAAGAAGACGAACACUCUGCCGAAAAUAAAGAGAGUACGAAAGAAGACUUGCCUGCAAGCUACGAGGUCAUUUGCAACUUGAGUUCAUUGAUACAUUCCACAGAACACCUACAAGUCAGCUAUCUUUUAAAUCCUGAGAAUUAUGAUACAGAACUUGCUGCACAACCCAGACGACUUCUGAACACACUGAGGGAACUAAAUCCUAUGUAUGAAGGAUAUCUCCAGCAUGAUGCACAAGAAGUGCUGCAGUGUAUUCUGGGAAACAUUCAGGAAGCCUGUCAAAGCCUCAAAAAAGAAAUUAAAAGUGUACAUGUGAGUGAACCGGUGACACCACAAGCUGAAGACAAAGAGCCUAAUGGUUGUGAGGCUGCAACUGAAACUGUGGACCUAUCCGAGGAAACAGAAGGGGCAAAAAGUGACAGCGGGAAACGAAAGAGCGAUAAUGAGGUUGGAAAUGUAAAGAAAAAAACAAAGCUAACUAAAGAGCCAGAGCCUGUGGCGCAAAGACUCACCAGAUCCAAAAGGAAACCGGUUCUGGAAAAGAAGGAUGAUAAAGCGGAGAGAUCUAAAGUUGGUGCAGAUGCCGGUUCCACCAGUCACACCCAGCACAAAAAAUCUAAAUUAGGAUUGAACUGGUUAAAAUCGAGUAGACAGCCAAGUAUUUUAUCAAAGUUCAAGAGUUUGAGUAAACUGGACAACUUGUCUAAAAGUUCCCGCGCUGAGCCCCAAAGCCUCCACAUUAAAUCCGAUCCAGAGCAAACCAAUAAUGACGAGCCGGUAAAGGAGAACGCCAGCUGUAAACCAGAAGAAGGCCGAGACACCAAGACAUCACAGAACGAGACAAGCGAGUAUGAACUGGUGGAGAAAUUGUUCCAGGGCCAGCUGGUGUUACGGACACGAUGUCUGGAGUGUGAAUGUUUCACCGAGCGAAGGGAAGACUUUCAGGAUAUCAGUGUUCCUGUGCAGGAAAAUGAUCCGCCAAGACUAGAAGAAUCCUCUGAUAUUUCACCUGAUCCCAGACUGGAAGUUAAAACCUUGAAAUGGGCGAUAUCCCAGUUUGCAUCUGUGGAGAGAAUAGUUGGAGAAGAUAAAUACUUCUGUGAGAAUUGUCAUCAUUACACUGAAGCCGAGAGAAGCCUUUUGUUUGAUAAGAUCCCAGAAAUUGUAACCAUCCAUCUCAAGUGCUUUGCUGCAAACGGCUCCGAGUUUGACUGCUAUGGGGGACUCUCCAAAGUGAACACUCCCUUACUAACCCCAUUGCAACUGUCCUUGGAGGAGUGGAGCACCAAGCCAUCGAGGGACAUCUAUGGACUCUUUGCUGUGGUCAUGCACAGUGGAGUGACCAUCAGCAGUGGACACUACACGGCCUAUGUCAAGCUGAGUGACCUCAAUCUCCAGGUGGACCAGCUGAAAUUUCCCGCUGACCACCACGAACUAAUGAAGACCGAGCCACUGACAGAAGAGGAAGCUCGAACAUCCGAUGAAAACUGCGACAGCGAAGUUACUUUUCGGACUGGUGCAAACUUUCCUGUAAAUGGUAAAGUAGCCAAAAAGAAUACGGACACAGUUGGCCUCCUCGGAGGGCAGAAAAGUAAACCUGACUUUGAGCAGCUGCCUACGCCAAAAACCCCAAAAGCAGAGAAGGUGCAGGGCAUUCUCCCUGAUGAUAAAGCAAGUACUGGCUUCAGUGGUGAUGUCGGUGCUGAAAAGGACCAAAAACCGCAGGGUGGACUCUAUGGCGACAAGUCUGCACUGUAUGCCCUGCAGAGUCUACGGGAGUACGAGGGCAAAUGGCUGCUCUUCGACGAUUCGGAAGUAAAAGUGACUGAAGAACGAGACUUCUUGAGCACAAUUUCUCCAACCACUCAGUCUACGUCCACCCCCUACUUGCUGUUCUACAAAAGGAGAGUAGAGUAGAGUAGAAGUCGCGGCUAGAGAUGAGCGAACUUACAGUAAUUCGAUUCAUCACGAACUUCUCGGCUCGGCAGUUGAUGACUUUAGCCUGCAUAAAUUAGUUCAGCUUUUACGUGCUCCGGUGGGCAUCAACCACCGAGCCGAGAAGUUUGUGGCGAAUCGAAUCACUGUAAAUUCGCUCAUCUCAAGUCGCGGCUCCAGCCUUGUACCAUAUGUAAAGUUUCCUCCUCCAGUGUAUGUAUAUAUUUGUAUCUUGUAUAUAAGCAGAUCUAUGUUUUACUGACAGACGAGCCACAAUCCUAAAUGGAUUGUAUGUAGAGCCCUUGUAUGUAUAUACUUUUAUAUAUAGGUUAAAUCAUGUAAAAUUCCUUUUUCCUCCCACAUAGACACUUAUUACACUUACCAGUUUCUAUAUAUUUUUUUUUAAAUAAAGAUUCUUA